AUGACUACGCACGGCAACAGCAAGGGACUCGACGAGCUCGGCCAUGAGGUGCUCUGGAGCUCCCGCGGACAGCAGGUCAUGAUGCAGUGGGAGAAGGAAUACAUGGAGCUAUGCGUUGAAGGGCUCGCUAUUCAGCCGACGGACCGUGUACUGGAAAUCGGCUUCGGUUUGGCUUAUUCGGCGACUCACAUCCAACGGUUCCGACCCAAAAGCCACACCAUCAUCGAAUGCGAUGAGGAGACGCUGCAACGUGCUCGCCAGUUUGCAAUAAGCCACAGUGGAGUUGAAAUUGUAGCUGGGACGUGGCAGCAGCAGCUCCCGAUGCUGAGCCAGUUUGACUGCGUUUUCUUCGACGAUUACCCGCUUCCAGAGCUUGAAUUUGGAGGCCCUGAUAGAGUACUCGGUGGACAGCGGUCACGGUGGCACGAUUUCUUGGAUGUUGCUCUGAAGCACUGUACGACUGGUGCAAGGAUCACAGGAUAUCUAGCACGAAAACUGGAUUUGCAACGCUCCGGGUGUCAAGUUACAGUAUCGAGAGUACAAGUUGAUGUUCCUGGACAUUGCAAAUAUUUUCCACACAAAACUGCGCUCGUACCGGUGAUCACUUUUCAGCCGAGAACAGAUAACUGA